AUGCCGAAGAAUUCGAUGAACUAUAACGACGAGUGUGAUCUCUUCCGUUACGUACACGACGUCUACCCGUUCAUCGACCCUGCGCAGCAUUUCGCUACCAAGACGUAUAAGGACAAGGUCAUCAUCAUCACCGGUGGGUCUACCGGCAUCGGCGUCGUCGCUUCCCUUUUCUACGCGAAAGCGGGCGCAAAGGUCCUCAUCGUUGCGCGCCGUCUCGAGAAGCUCGAGCAAUGCAAAGCCGACAUCGAGAAGGACGUGCCUGAUGCCCAAGUCUUGAUCAUGGUCGGCGAUAUCUCCGAUCCGGAAGUCGGCAAGCGAGCUGUAAAAACUGUCGUGGAGACGUACGGUAGACUCGACAUUGUGCUGGCGAACCAGUUCACUAUCAUGGGCGGUCCCGUGGGCAGAUUUGGCGAUAAAGAUGCUGCCGCUUGGUGGCACACUCAAGAGGUCAACGUGCGCGGCACCAUUAACAUUAUACACCCGGCAAUUUCCGAGCUUCGCAAGACGAAGGGUCAGAUCGUCGUGACCACCUCUCAAGGAGCGCACCAACGUAUCACCACCUUUGCUGAUUAUCAGAUCAGCAAGCACACCUUGAAUCGCUUGGUCGAGUUUCUUGCUCUAGAUUACCCGGAGCUCGCCGUUUACGCUGUCCAUCCCGGCGUGGUCUCUACUGACGGGGCGAUUGAGGCGCUGACAGACAUGGGUUACCUCAGCUCGUUGACCUUUGUCGACACGCCAGAACUGGCUGCUGCGACUUUCCUAUGGCUUACGGCGCGAAACGCUGAGUUCCUAAGCGGAAGGUACAUUGAGGCGCCGUGGGACAUGGGCGAAGUUGUUGCAAAGAAAGACGUCAUCGUGAAGGACAACCUACUGGUCACGAAGCUCGCGGGACCACCAAAGUCUACGUAG